AUGUGGCGGAUAUACGCUAUUGUUACGGCCUGCACUACGGCCGUGGGCGCGCAGAAGACGGCCUUUGAAUACGUAGAUCCACUCAUCGGUACAGUCAAUGGAGGCCAUGUUUUUCCUGGUGCGACGCUGCCGUUCGGCAUGGCAAAAGCAUGUCCAGAUACAAAUGCCGACGAGAACCAAGGUGGCUUCAGCUCGGAUAAUAGCUCCAUUAUAGGGUUUUCGCACAUGCAUGAUUCUGGCACAGGAGGAGCUCGUAGCUUGGGCAAUUUCCCCAUCUUCGCGCAAGCAGGCUGUCCGAAUGGCGACAUCAAUGCGUGCAAUUAUACCUCUUGGGAACGCGCGACCCCGCGUAUCAAUGGCACAGUUCACGCGAAACCUGGUUACUUCGAUAUCACAAUCGCAUCGGGUGUCCGCGCCGAAAUGACCACAACGAACCGCACGGCGUUGUAUCGUUUCACAUUUCCGGAGAAUCCCUUGACACCAAACACCACGCUCAGCCCGCAUAUAUCUCUCGAGCUCCAAGACCUCCCACAAACGAGGACCAAUGCCUCCAUCAAUAUCAACGGGCAGUCAGGCCGCAUCACUGCUGGCGGUUCGUUCUCUCCCAGUUUUGGCAUAGGGCGCUACUCGUCGUACGUAUGCGUUGAUUUCAAGGGUGCGCAAAUCAAAGAUUCUGGAGUAUUCUCCAACUCGCGUGCUACUACAAAAGCGAAAUCGCUCAGAUCCAUCACCGAGACCGAACGCUAUGCUGAGCGUCCAGCCGGUGGGUUCGUACAAUUUCAGAAGCCUACCAGUAACAAUCAGAUGCUCGUGCGCGUCGGGCUGUCGUUCAUCAGCGAGGCCCAAGCCUGUCAAAACGCCGAGAAAGAGCAGGCUGACUUCGACUUUGAUGGCACGGUCGCAGCUGCUGAGAAGGUCUGGAAAGAGAAGUUUGAUGUUAUCAAGAUCGUGCCGGGAGGCGCGAGUGAGGUCAUUCAGACGGCAUUCUGGAGCGGCGUAUAUCGCAGCAUGAUCAGUCCGCAGGACUACACCGGAGAGAACCCGCUCUGGAAGUCGGACGAGCCAUACUAUGACAGCUACUAUUGCAUAUGGGACAGUUUCCGCAGCAUCCAUCCUUUGAUCACACUGCUCGACCCACACAGCCAAACGCUGAUGGUGAGAAGUCUCCUUGACAUAUACAAACACGAGGGAUUUUUACCAGACUGCCGCAUGAGCUUCUGUAAAGGUUUCACUCAAGGCGGUUCAAAUGCGGAUAUCGUUAUCGUUGAUGCCUACUUGAAGAACAUCACGAAUGGAAUCGAUUGGAAGUUGGCAUACGAGGCCCUCGUCACAGACGCCGAGGUAGAACCCCCAAACUGGGACAUCGAAGGUCGAGGAGGUCUCGCGGCUUGGAAGAAUCUGGGUUACAUUCCGACCGAGAAUCUUGACCUUGAUGGCGUGGGCACAGAGACGCGUUCCAUAUCACGGACAGUCGAGUAUGCCUACAACGACUUCGUCAUUGCCACGCUGGCCCUCGCUCUCGGACACACGGCAGACUACAACAAGUACCUCAAGCGCUCCGGCAACUUCUACAACAUGUUCAAGGCCGACCAAAAUUCCACCAUCAAUGGCACCGAUACCGGCUUCACAGGUUUCCUACAGCCGCGCUACACGAACGGCACCUGGGGCUUCCAAGACCCCAUCUUCUGCAGCCCGCUCCAGGAAUUCACCGGCUGCUACCUCAACCCGAGCGGCCGCGAAACUUACGAAGGCCCUGUCUGGCUGUACACCUUCUUCGCACCAGGAGACAUGAAGACUUUGGUCCAAACGCUGGGCGGCUCCGACACCUUCGUCAAGCGGCUCGACUUCUUCCACGACUCGGGCAUGGCCUACAUCGGCGACGAGCAAGCCUUCCUCAAAGUCUUCCUGUACCACUACGCCGGGCGUCCCGCCAAGUCGGCCGAGCGCGCGCACUUCUACAUCCCGAGCCAGUUCAACGACACCGUCAACGGCAUCCCAGGCAACGACGACAGCGGCGCCAUGGGCUCCUUCGAGGCGCUGACCAUGAUGGGCAUCUUCCCUAAUGCGGGGCAGGACGUGUACUUCAUCACGCCCCCGUUCUUCGAGUCAGUCUCCAUCAGGAACGGCCAGACGGGGAAGACGGCGACGAUCAAGAACGUCAAUUUUGAUCCUCAGGGCAAGAAUAUUUACAUUCAGUCUGCAACGCUGAAUGGGAAGGCGUACACAAGGAACUGGCUGCAGCAUAGCUUCUUCCUGGAGGGGGGCACGCUGGAGUUGACGCUGGGAGCGGCGGAGAGUGCGUGGGGGACGAGGGCGGAAGAUGUACCGCCGAGCUUGAGUGCGGGUGUGAAUGCGACGGGGGCGGCAGGGGAGAGGAGGUGGGAGAUGCCGGCGGCGCCGCAGAUGGAGAUGGGGAUGUGGUAG